ACAUAACAGACGCGUCGAGGCGAAUAGAGUCAAUCGGCGCAGUGGUUUGUCAUCACGAAGUUACCAGUUCUACUCUCGGAGAUAAAUCUUUGACCACAAAAGGAUAGGAACCUUCAAGAUGAGAGCCGUACUAGUAUGUGCUGUUUUGGUGUUGUGUUUGGUGGCAGUGAAGGCUAACAAAGAUGAGAAAGAGGCGUCGGAGAAGGUGAAAAAGGAAGCGAAUUUGCGACCUUUAUCACCCGAAAACCAUGCCGAUGCUUUGAAGGAUGCUAUCGCCCGCAAGUCGCCCGUUCUGAAAAACUUCAAAAAAGAGAUAAAAAACUUUAAGUUGGAGAAGAAGAAGAUGUGGGAGAAGAUUCAGGAACUGAAGAGAAAGUUGGCAGACGAAAAGAGAGCAGAGAAGGCUAUGAAAUCACUGAGUAAAGACGAACGCAAAAUCAAGCGCAAGAUCAACAAGGGAAUGAUCAAAAAGCUAUUGGAGCACAAGAGAAAGCUUGUUACUCGCAUGAAGAACGCGAGGAACGCCAAGAGAGAGCACCUGAAGCGCCACAAGAAUAGCAAACGCGGAAAACUUCACAAGAAACAAGCCAAAGUGAACCAGAAGCGAAACAAGGGACAUCAGAAGCGCGGCAAAGAUCAUCACAAACGCGAGAAGAGUCAACACAAGCGAGAGAAACACCAAAAGAAAAACCUGAACAAAAGGAACAAGCAGAACAAACGAGGCCAUAAGACCACGAUCGCCGAUGCUGGCCCGCUCAGGAUCAUGCCCAUCAGUUAAACGACAGGUGCAAAUCGUUCGAGCACCAGACGAGAGUAUCAUUUUAGAGUAAAAGAAAUUGCAAGACUACUCAACAUCUUUAAGCGUCCAUUAUUUCUUAAUCGUUUACGUUUUUAGCUAUAAAAGAAAAGCCUCGAGCCCCUCAAUAACAUAGGAACUCACUUACUACUAUUACAUAUUGGAAAAAUGGUGCUCUAUUAUAAACUCAUUGUUCAAUAUUCCUUGACCGUCACAUAAAUUGUGUUGGUAGAAAAAUUAAAAAUGGACUUUGAUAACAAUAACCACUUUCUUUCCUUGUGGUUUUCGAGGUAAGAAGAUAAGUGAACCUUUUGGAUCUGACAAGAAAUGGAACGAGCGUUUAAUUUCAGGCCUCUGGUCUCUUUCAAAUACCAACUUUGGCAAUUAAAAAGUCCUAAAGAAGAGUGAGCUUUAGGAUAGAGCUAACCAUAUCGUUUCAAUUUCUCAAGCCAAUACAUACGAGCUGUGUUUCCGACCUUAUUGUCAAUUAUACAACAUAUAUCCCAUUUUGUACUUUGGAAUUUGUAACAAAAAUAUCAAAUGUUUGUGACAUUUA